AUGUCUCAAGAUGGCCAAAGAAGCAACGAAGAAGACUCCAAUGCAAAUGUUAACCCCAUUUCUACCAGUCCAUCUUCAAAUCGGAAUACGCUUUCUGACGAUCUUUCCCGCCAAGUCGAGACUAUUCUCGCGGCGCUUCGAGAUGCCAGAAACGUUCCGAGCGUCCCAAUCCCCAAAGUCGUUGACGAGUACUCGUCUUAUACUUAUAAGGCUCCUCAUUCUCAACGAUCAGUAGCUGAGAUUGGAAAAUUAGCUGGCACUAUCAAGUCCAUCGACGAUCUCGACGAUAAACUUGAACUUGUCAACGAACUAAUUUUCGAUCUCGAUACUACUAUGGCUGCUAUCAUGGAAAAACGGAGCCUUUUAGCCCCUUACCUCCAGCCAAU